AAGAUAUUCACACAUUAUUCAUUAUUAUUAUAAUUAUUCACAUUAUCCUUCUUUUGGAACACAUAACUGUGGUCAUAGUGAAGAUGCAGGCGUCAUCUGCUUAGGUAAAAUACCAGACAUAAGGUUGGUCGGUGGGUCUGAUUCAUGCUGUGGGAGAGUGGAGAUCCAGUAUAAUGGCCAGUUGGGAACCGUUUGUGAUGAUGACUGGGACAUGAAUGAUGCUGCUGUGGUGUGCAGACAGACACAGUGUGGAUCAGCCAUCAGUGCUCCUCAUGGAGCUGCCUUUGGUCAAGGCAAUGGAUCGAUCUGGCUGGAUGAUGUUGGAUGUUCAGGAAGUGAAAGAAACCUCACACAAUGUCCACACAGAGGACUAGGAACACAUAACUGUAAUCAUGGUGAAGAUGCUGGUGUUGUUUGUUCAGGUGAGCUGCAGAGACCGACUCUUUCCCUGACCUCCACACAUGCAGCUGUUUCUCCUGGAGAAAAUAUCCAGUUCAGUUGCACAACGCCUAAACCAAGAUGCAAGGCUAAUGCUGAAUUCCAGCUCUUCAGAAACGGAGCAUCUGUAUCCUCCCAGACACAUGAUUCUAGUGUGACUUUCAACCUUGUUAAUGUACACGUCUCUCAUCAGGGCAGCUACAGCUGUCGUUACUCCUACCAAAACAACAUCAAAUCACCUUUGAGCAACACUUUUAUCAUCACUGUGGUGAACUUGCAGCAGCCCAGUAUUUUCCUCAGUGAUCCUGAUGGAUUGUUUCACGUGGGGCCUCAGGGGCCAGUGAUCAUCAGGGGUCACAGUUUCACUAUCAUCUGUAACACUGACUCUCAGUUUCCUGGAGGAUCUUUUCACCUGUUCAGAGGAUCAAACAUCACCAGGACUGAGUCAGCUGUCAGUCACUCUGCCUCCUUCUUCUUUCCUGAAGCAGAUUAUUCACACGAGGGAAACUACAGUUGUGUUUAUGAAGUCAGUGUCUCAUCACGCUCCUUCCGUUCAUCUGCUUCUGAACUGCUGCUCAUCACUGUUAUAGUGAACUUGCAGCAGCCCAGUAUUUCCCUCAGUGAUCCUGAUGGAUGGUUUCACGUGGGGCCUCAGGGGCCAGUGAUCACCAGGGGUCACAGUUUCACUAUCAUCUGUAACACUGACUCUCAGUUUCCUGGAGGAUCUUUUCACCUGUUCAGAGGAUCAAACAUCAUCAGGACUGAGUCAGCUGUCAAUCACUCUGCCUCCUUCUUCUUUCCUGAGGCAGAUUUUUCCCACGAGGGAAACUACAGUUGUGUUUAUGAAGUCAGUGUCUCAUCACGGUCCUUCCGUUCAUCUGACUCUGAGCUGCUGCUCAUC